ACCCAAUAAUUGAACUUCAAAUCUCACUCCCAACCACCACUAAAAAACCGUUGACCCAUCAUCUAAUCAGACGCAAGAUCAUCUUAUCUUCAACAAUGGAUUCCAAUUAACUUUAAACAACAAUCUCAUAAUAAUAACUUGUCAAUGGCUGCCACCUUGUUCAUCUUUGUCUUUCUAUUCAUCCUCGUAUGCAUCUGGUUCCAAAUCCACCGGAAUAAACAAGCAGCCACCAACAAUCUUCCACCAGGAACCUUCGGUUGGCCAUAUAUAGGUGAAACACUAGAAUUCGUUCGUUUACAAAGACACGGAACCCCGGAGACAUUCAUACGAGAGAGAAUCAAGAAAUAUGACAGUCGUUUGGUUUUCAAAACAUCGUUGAUCGGCCACCGUAUGGCCGUCUUCUGCGGACCCCAGGGGAACAAGUUUUUGUUCGGAAACGAGAACAAACUGGUGGCGUCGUGGUGGCCGGAGACAAUGAGUAGGUUGUUGGGUAAGUGUUUGAAUACUAGUCGCGGUGAUGAAGCCAAGUGGUUGAGAAAGAUGAUGAUAGAGUGUCUAGGUCCAGAUGCUUUGUCCAGUCGUUAUACUGUCACUAUUGAGAAAAUUACUCGUCGCUAUAUACAAGAUCACUGGCAAGGCAGGAACGAGAUAAAGGUUUUCGAGACAGUGAAAUCAUACUUAUUUGAGCUUGCUUGUAGUAUGUUUCUUAGCCUGGAAGACCCAAAACAAGUUUCAGAACUCGGAUCCUUGUUCAAAACAUUCCUAAAAGGGCUUGCAGAGCUACCCAUUGCCAUCCCAGGGACCCGUUUUUACCGGGCUAAAAAGGCAACAUAUGCUAUUAAAAAGCAGCUCAUGGUUAUCAUCAAACAAAGGAGAGAAAUCACUAAACAAGAAAAUGCAGCAUCUUUUGAAGAUCUUCUAUCACAUUUGCUUUCAUCUUCAGAUGAAAACGGUCGAUUUUUGUCUGAAAUUGAGAUCGCGGAUAACAUAAUGUUGCUACUUUUCGCGGGGCAUGACACUACUGCUAGUUUAAUAACGUUGCUCAUGAAAUGUCUUGGAGAACAUACCCGGGUUUAUGAAAACGUGUUGAAAGAGCAAUUAGUCAUUUUGGAAGGAAAAUCGCCCGGUGAAUUGCUAAGCUGGAAUGACUUACAAAAGAUGAGAUACUCUUGGAAUGUAGUUUGUGAAGUAAUGAGACUAAAUCCACCGGUGAUCGGAGCUUUUAGGGAGGCCCUGGUGGAUUUUGAGUAUGCGGGUUAUACAAUCCCGAAAGGAUGGAAGGUACACCCUCGUUGACACCUCACGAAUAUAAUUUGGAGUGCGGUCAUGACACAUAAGGAAGAGGAUAACUUCUCAAACGUUACCAAAUUUGAUCCUUCGAGAUUUGAAGGAACAGGGCCCACGCCUUUCACCUAUGUUCCGUUUGGAGGCGGUCCUAGGAUGUGUUUAGGGAAAGAACUAGCUCGUGUGCAAGUACUUGUGUUCCUACACAACAUUGUGACUAAGUUUAAGUGGGACCUACUCAAUCCCGAUGAGAAGAUAGAGUAUGAUCCUAUGGCUACCCCGGUAAAUAAACUUCCAAUUCGACUCCAUCCUCAUCAAAUUUGAAGACAUAUCAUAUAUCAUUAUGGUUAUAUAGAAAUGCUAAAACAAUUAUUAGAGUUAUUAGUUACACUUGUGUAACUUCUCCACACUUGAGCAAAACAAUAAAAAACGAGCAUUGAGCUUUGCUCAAGAUUAAAUAUCA